AUGUCGUCUACCGUCUCCUCGGCGCUCUCCAGCGCCAGCAGUGCUACUGCGAACAACCCAGCCACAAGCCAACCAAACGGUGGUGGUGGCGGCGGCGGCGGCGGCGGCGGAGGUCCAACAAGCUCGCCGUUGCUGUUCUUCGUUGCCCUGGGCUUUGGCGUAGUAUUCACAAACUUAUGGAUCAUUGUCGGUGUGAAGUACUGCUUCAGGUACAACCGUCGCCGCGCCGCCGCCGCUGCUGCUGGCGAGAAUGGCGAACCCAUCGACAUGGCCACCAUGCCGCGACCGCACAGGAGAAGGAGGGAGAAGAAGCUGAUGACCAUGGACGAGGUCAACGAGCAGUUCCCAUUGUCCAAGUACAAGCAAUGGAAGUCGAGUCGAGAAACCAAUGGGCUGCCUCCAAACGGUGGCAUUGCGACCGCACCGCAGAGCAGAGCCGUCAGCAUCAAGGACGUCGAGGCUGUCAUCCCUGCCAGGGAAGGCGCCGCGAGUCCUACGCCUGGUACCGCACUCUCCAUGGCUCGUGACGAUAUUCAGAACCCAGCGGCAUUACCCAGAGCUAGCAUGUCACCGGCCGAGGCGAAGGAGACUACCGCAGCCUCGAAGAAACCCGAGGAUGAAAAGUCGCCUAUCGAAAGGACCGAGACCGUUGACACAACUGGGAAAGAUACGGAGCCAGGCCACGUUCACCGCGAAGACGACGAGUCUGAUGACGAGGAUGAUCCUAUCCGCACAGCUACUGCCCCAGAGUUGUUAGCCGAGCCUGGUGACACCUGUGCCAUUUGCUUGGACACACUGGAGGACGAUGACGAUGUGCGAGGUCUUACCUGCGGCCAUGCCUUCCACGCUAGCUGCGUCGACCCAUGGCUGACAAGCCGUCGUGCCUGCUGUCCCCUCUGCAAGGCUGAUUACUACGUCCCCAAGCCUCGUCCAGAGGGUGAGGUCGCUGAUCAGGCGGGCGCAGGUCGUCGCCCUGGAGUGGGUGUACGAUCGCCCUCAUCGCCUCAGGCGAUAUGGACCAACUCCCGCAACGGUUUGUUCCGCUCGCGUGUUGUCAUUAUCGGCAACCCAGCGACUCAACAGACCCAGCGCGCUGAUCGCUUUGGUCGUAUGAGCCGACCCAGUCGACAAACUCGCUCUACGACUGGGGAUGCGACACAGCAAACAGAAACUACUGAAAAUUCGGGGUGGGCGUCAAGACUCAGAGGAAACAGGACACAGGGUCCAACCUUCUCGAACUGGUUUGGCCGCGGCCGUAACGAGCCGCAGUCAGACAGUACCACUCAACCCACACCCGGCCAGCUUGAGGCUGGUAACAGGUAA